AUGGAAAUCAGCGAAAAUGAAAACUAUGUAUCAUGUAAUAACCUCCUGGAUGUAUAUAAAAAUAAAUAUUCAAGAAUAGAUAUAGAAAAAGCAACUAGUAUAUUAAAAGAUUACUUUUCCAUUACAGAAUUUAAACCAAAACAAAUGGAAUGCUUAAAUGCAAUUAAAAAUUUUCAACAUGUUUUAAACAUAAUGCCAACAGGAGGAGGAAAAUCGCUAAUAUAUCAAAUUAUGCCACUGAUUAUUGAAGGUAUAAGUAUUGUUAUAAGCCCUUUAAUAUCUUUAAUUCAAGAUCAAAUAAAAUCUUUAAAAAAAAAGAACAUUGUGGCAGAAACAAUUAAUAGUUCACUAAAUAAAAAAGAAAAUGAAAGAAUAAUAACUCUUUUAAAAGAUCAUGAUAUAAAUGAAAUAAAAAUAUUAUAUAUUACUCCUGAGACUGCUACAAGCGAAUAUUUUAUUUCUUUAUUAAAAGAACUUUAUUUAAAUCAAAGGAUUAGUCUAAUCUCUAUAGAUGAAGUCCAUUGUAUUAGCACAUGGGGAUGUGAUUUCAGAAAAUGUUAUAGAAAUUUAAAUAAAUUACUAAAUAUGUGCCCAUUUGUUAGAAUUUAUAGUUGUACAGCUACAGCUACAAGAUAUGUAGAAAAGGAUAUUAUACUUAAUUUAAAUUUAAAUAAGGAAGAAAAUAAUAGUCUUAGAAUUAUUAGAACUUCAUUUAACAGACCUAAUUUAAAAUAUGUUAUUGUAUACAGCGAUUUAUUAAAAAUAGAAAAAAAAAAAAGUGUUUGUGACAUUAUUAAAGAAAAAAGAAAUGCUGACAAAAUUGGAAUUGUAUAUUGUUUUAAAAGAAGCACAUGCGACGAAAUUUCAAAAUAUUUAAGAGAAAAGGGACUACAAGCCUUAAGUUAUCAUGCUGGUUUAACAAACAAUGCAAGAAAAAAGACUCAGGAGAAAUGGUUAAAUGGUAAAGUUAAUAUUUUAGUAGCGACAAUAGCAUUUGGUAUGGGAAUAGAUAGAAAAGACGUUUCUUUUAUUAUUCACUUUAAUUUACCUAAAUCUAUAGAAAAUUAUUAUCAAGAGUCAGGUAGAUCUGGAAGAAACGGAAAUAUAUCUUUUUGUUAUUUGUAUUAUUCAAAAGAAGAUUUAGAAAAUUUAGCAUACAUAAUAAAAAGAAGCUAUGGAGAUUUAGAUAUGUUAGAUAUUAAUAUAGAAAAAAAAUUUGAAAAAGAAAUAUACAAUUUGGAAUGUGUUCAUAACUUGUGCAUAAAUGAAAAAUGUAUAAGAUCCCAAAUUCUAAGCCAUUUUGGAGAAAAUUAUAACUCUUUUAAUAAUUUAAAAACUAUGAAUAAUAUAGAUAAAAAUAUAAAAAAUGAUGAAAAUUAUUGUUGUUCCUUUUGUUUCGACACAAAAGGAUCUAAAAAUAAAAUUCAAGAAGUAAUGAAGUUAUAUGAACAGAAAAAUUGGAAUUUUGAACCACACAAUAAUUACAACAGUUAUAAUAAUAUAAAAAAGUAUUCAGAUAUUAAUGAAAAAAAGCAUAAAUUAAGCGAUGAUUCAAAUUCCGAAGUUGAUCAAGAAUUAUGUUAUUAUAAAUUAAGUAACAAAAAAAUUAAGGGAUGUGUUCCGUUUCAAAGUGCUUCAUCAAUAAUCCCAAAGGAAAUUAGAAAUAAAGGAAUAGUUGAAGUAAUGAAAGAAUUAGAGAGAAGAGAAGAAUUGAUGGAAAAAAAUCAGAAAAAAGAAACAAGAGUGAAUCUAACAAAUAUAAAUAAUGCAAAUCCCCAUUGUGUAAAUAUAAAAAAGAAACAUACAUUAUCAUCUUUUAAAGUCCCUAGGAAGUUAUAA